AGGGGAGGAGUUUCAGAGAAGUGGCCCGGAUACAGUGAACAUAGAGGAGGGGGGGAGACACCUGCACACACAGACACACACAGACACAGACAGCCAUGGUGAAGAUCAGCUUCCAGUCCGUCUCGGGACAGAAAGAAGAGAAGGAAGAUGGCGACAAGACCGAAAUCCUCCUCCCUCAUCAGAUGGAUGAAGAUGAGCUGGUGCUGCCGCUGCGUCCCAGGAAGUCUCUCCUCAACGGCCUGUGCUGCCUGACAUUUGGCCUGGUUGUGUUCAUGGCCGGUCUGGUCCUCGCCUCUAUUUAUGUCUACCGCUACUACUUCAUACCUCAUAUCCCUGAGGAGAACCUGUUCCACUGCCGGGUGCUGUAUGAAGACUCCAUGUACGCACCACUGCGUGGGCGUCAGGAGCUGGAGGAGAACGUUGGCAUCUACUUGGCGGACAACUAUGAGAAAAUCACUGUGCCCGUGCCUCACUUUGGAGGCGGUGACCCUGCUGGAAUAAUCCACGACUUCAACAGAGGACUGACUGCCUACCACGACAUUGCUCUGGACAAGUGCUACGUUAUUGAGCUCAACACCACCAUCGUGAUGCCUCCACGCAACCUUUGGGAGCUUCUUAUUAACGUCAAGAAGGGAACCUACUUGCCUCAGACCUACAUCAUCCAUGAAGACAUGGUGGUGACUGGCAAAGUGCACAACAUGCGUCAGCUGGGACCUUUCAUUUACCGCCUGUGCAACGGGAAGGAGACGUACCGCCUGAGCCGCCGAGUCAAGCGUAGACGCAUCAACAAGCGCGAGGUGAAAGACUGCCACCACAUCCGUCACUUUGAGAACACGUUUGUGGUGGAGACUGUUAUCUGCGAUGAAGCGUAAACGGUUAAUCCAUGCCCCCCCCGCCCAAAAGGCACAUCUCCAGUCGCUACCGCAGCCACUGUAGCACUCUCUCUAGGAUCAGAUCAUGUCUGAGUUGCACUUUACUUUUCUUUUUUUAAAGAUUCUUUCUUUUUGAUUAUGAUGCCUCAUUUUUUCCCCCUUCAAUUUCCCAUAGGUAAUAUGUACCCUUAUCUGUAAUGCAAUACUUACCUGGUGGUUCUCUCACAGGAUUUUCCAUGUAGCAAAGUCCGUAAGCCAAUAAUGACUCAUGAUUUCACGAUCUCUCCUGUUGCUCUUCUGGGAUUUCUACGAUGGUUACUGUCCUGGGGGGGGGGGGGGACUGUUGUUUGUUUUUUUCCUCGAGCUCUAGAGGAUAAUUUGUGUCUCUUUCGUUUCUCUAACAUCGACACAAAGCAUGCUUUCCUGAGCAGACAUUUUCCAUACAUUUCAAUUAUCUUCUUUUCUCUCCUGCUCUCAGUAAUGUAAACAUGUAACUGCUGAUGACUAGUUGCUUGCAUCUUAAUUCUCGUGCCUGUUACUUCCUUUCUUUCUUUUUUCUCUUCUUCCUUCAAAGCUUCAGUAUUGGUAGAGUUGCACUGGGCAUUAGGCUGAAUUAACUUGUGAUAUUCUAUCACAAUUAAAACUGAUAUAGACCAUUAUUUAUAUUUUGCUCUUGUUUAUCAUUAGCUUUUCAGUUAUUAUUGUGCUUUUUUUGCAAUUCAAAAGCUCCUUAUCACUGCAUUUGUGAAUUAUUUUUACAAUAUUGUCUUUGUUUUCCUUUGCACGUGUUGAUAUAUAAGAGAAAAAACGUUUAAUGUUUUGUAAACCAACGUUUAAAGCCUUAGUCCAGAGUCAGAGACUGGACUAAAGUCAUUGCUACUGAAAGGGAGCUUAUAAUAUAUCUUAGUUAAACAAAUCCAACUCUGAUCUGUAUGUUUUGUCUGUUAAGGAAAUAUGUCUGGCAAUAAAGUAGUGAAAAAG